AUGGGGCACAACCCCCCACUGGCUUUGGCACCAGAAGCACCAGUACCGCAAGCCCUGGCACCGCCAGUCCUGCCUCAGCCAGUUCCACUACGGCCAAUCCUGCCACCACUAGUCCCCCCACAACUAGCUUCGGCAGAACAAGCACCAGUACCGAAAGCCCUGCCACCGCCAGUUCUGCCACAACCAGUUCUGCCACAACCAGUGCUGGCUCCACAAGCCCCAGCACCACCGCUUCUGGAACCGCCAGUCUUGGCGGAUCCAGAAAUCGAAGUACAAGAGCAAGUGCCAGCCGCACCGCCAGCCCAGGAAGAGCCUGUAGUGCUUCCCGGCAAUGCUGCUGAAGUUCAGCCAUUUCUGGAGCCCGGUGACAUGGAAGCACUGAUGGAUGCAGGCACGGACUCCAUAUUCGUUCGGGACAUCUGCAGAGCGCUAUGGCCGGAUAACCUGAGGAACAGAAGCCUCACAGGGACCCCCUGCCGUCGUCUUUUGAAAAGUGGCGCAUUGGGAAGGCAAGCCCUGACUCCUCAAAAACUGAAAUAUAUUCGCCGUGCCCUCGCAGCAUACAUCGAGAGGAACCCGUCACCAGUUGUGUCGGCCGCCCUGAGACUUGGUCAGCUCAACACGCACAUCCGGAGGUUGCUGGGAGACGAGAACAGAAAGCGCCACUGAGCAGCAGCAGCAGCAUAUUUUAUACUCCGUGACAACAGUUGCGUGCAGUACAGGCAAAGGCAACGCCAAGCGAGGGGAGAAAGGGCAAGUAAUAAGAAGGCUGGCUAGGAGGAGAGAAUACUCUUUUCUUGAACGUUCCUAGUGCUGUCCCUUUGUCCCCUCAUCCUCCUUCGCCCUCCUCUCCCGUCCCGCCUUCCUAGUGUUCGCCCUUUCUCUCUUUGCCUGGUGUUGCGUUCGCCUGCACUGCACACAGCUACAGAGUAUAACUGCACUUUUAUUGGAAUUAACUUUCUGUUGCUUUUUUACUAAAGCAUUUUUUUUAUAUUUUUAGUAACGGAGUGUCACAUCUCAAGCUGAGUUCUUGUUUUUAAUGUAUCUUUUCUAAAAAAAAAAAAAAAAAAAAAAACUAUGCUCAUUUAAUUUCGCACAUAUAUUCUACAUGUUACUGGCUUUGAACUGAACCGAAAAGAAAAUAAAUAUGAGCAUGCAGCAUGCAAGAAAAAAAAUAGUUCUUUCUAGUCAUAAGCCAUUAGGGGGAAACUUUUAUAUUUAAAAUUUUUUUACGUUAUAGUGUAGUGAAUUCUUAAAACAUUUCGGUUCAAACU